AUGUCACCUUCGUUAGCACGCAAAUAUAACUGCCUCCAUCAGCAGAUGUACAUGGUACGGCGGCUUGCUGAAGCCAAUUAUCGCACUACCUCAGCCGGCAAGGUUCCUUGGUCUCCAAAGUUGCAAGGCUUUUGGGACCGGUUGAGUCUCUGGAAGCUCCUCCUGAAAGGACGUCAACGCUGCCGGGUGAGCUCACGCAAGGUCCGGCGUCUGAUGAAGAAGACAAGGCUACGCGACGCAUGGAAGAAGACAACUGAUGAAUUGGAAGAGGCAUUGUCAGCUGAACGCCGGGCUUAUAAGCAAGCCAAACGUCAGGCAGCCCAAUUGAGACGGGACUUUCUUACGGCUCAGACAAAGGAUGCAAAGAAGAAUUCAUCACAACCCGCAGUAUUAUAG